UGUUCGGUUGUUUAUUGUUGCGUCCACGACGAAAGGCAGGCAUCAGUCGUGGCGGCGGCGCAGAAGCCGUGCGUCUGUUUGGUGCGGCCGUGAGACAAGGGAAGGAAUCCGCCGCCAUCCGGCCAAUCCCCCGCUGCCCCGGUAUCAAUCGCGGCAGCAUGGAGUCGGGAGCCAGAUCGGAAGCAAAGCCAGACGAGGAAGGGCCGGCCCCGGCGGGAAGCAGCAGCGGCAGCAAGGUGUACCACGAGAGGCAAAGGAUGCAGUUCUGCCUCCUCCACGCCCUCAACAACCUUAUGCAGGAAAAAGAAUCGUUCACCCGAGCUGAGCUGGAUGGGAUUGCUGAAAACCUUGUUCUUACUGAUCCAAACAAGGAGAGAUGGACUCCUCUAUCGUUGAUUUGGAAGCCCCACCACAAUGCAUUAACAGGGAACUAUGAUGUAAAUGUUCUUAUCGCGGCGGUAGAAUCUAGAAAGAAGAAGGUAGUUUGGCAUGAUCAUCGGAAGGGGGCAUCUUCGAUAGAUCUGGAUGCGGAAGCGCUGGUAGGGCUGAUGGUCAAUGUACCCGUCAGGAGGUUAAGGGGUCUGUGGACCGGCAGGCAUUGGGUAGCAAUUCGAAGCAUUGAUGGCAUCUGGUUUAAUUUGGACAGCGAUCUUCCGUCGGCCAAGCAGUUUCAGUGCAAAGAAAAACUAAUUGCAUUCCUGGACAGCGUUCUCAGUCAAGGCGGAGAACUGAUGAUCGUGCUCCAAGACGAAUGAUUGCACUGCUUCAGAUCGGGGCUACAGCUAAUGGCUUCUCCUCCAUGAUUUACCCGUUGCCCAUAUUUCUGAAUUGGCAAUGAGACCGCUUGCGUCUGCAAUAGUAACUUCUCUGAAACUUUCAGUCUUUGUGAGAAUCAUGACAGUCAUUGGCCUUUGUAUUUAACUGAUUUUGUGUAUGUCAAAUGCCAACAAGUUGUCGACAGAGGCAUAUCACAUGCUGCUGAGGAACUGUCUUAUUUUUUUAAGCCUGAGGGAACUGUCAGUUGUGUAUGCAGAGCUUUGGAAAGGAGAAUCUGCUCCGGCAGUGUAUGUGCCCUGUUUUUUUCUGGGAAACUGAAGUGUAUAUGCCCUGUGGAAACUAUUUUGUGAGCAUCGCUUUGACGUGUACAUUACAUCUUAAAACAUUUGGUGUGAGUUUUA